GGUGUGUGCAGCGAUCUGUAUCCUGCCGCAGUCACAUGUCACAUCUGAUCAGUGGCUUCUUUCUUUUAAGUAAUGCUUUUAAGAUUUACAGUUCACACCUCCUCUUCCAUCCCCUCCUCCUUUUAUGUUUCCAACUCAGUGCUGCCCUCCCGCGGCUCACUUAAGAGAGAAGCUUGCGCAUCCCUGGAGAGGAAGCUGUCAGAGCAACUCUAACCAGUUGGAUUGGUUUGUGGAGCAGCUGUCGAGUGCACGCGUUUCAGCCGAGUUCCGUAGAGCAGGUGAUCAACGAAAGGUUCCGUUUGGUCUUAGUUCAGGACGCAGCGUCAGCAAGGAGCCACAUGAAGCUGUGCUUAUUGUUGUUGAGGAAAGCGAGUUCCGGAGUUUGUUCUGAUUCUGAACACUUCACGCAGUACGGACGUUGAUCAAAGGUCAAAACCACGGCAGUUGACUUGGUCUCAAAGUGAGUUUAGGUUUUCAGACAGUAGAACGCACUCUGGUUUGGUCUUGGUGCAGGUCCAGACCCAGGACGCACAAACGCUGCCGUUGCAGGAGGCUGCUGAUGCACGAGUGAAUCAGUACACGUCCGCGCGUCACUGUGGCUCCGAUUCACCGAGCAAAUGGUUUCACUUCAUUAACUCCUCUACAGUCAUCUUUUGCUCCGAAGCUGCCAACCUAAGAGACCACCGACAUCCGUCCCCUCUGCACCGCCGCCAACACCGAGACCACCACCACCACCACCGCUGUGCAGGGACUAUGUUGAUGAAGGAGUACCGCAUCUGUAUGCCUCUCACCGUGGAGGAGUACCGCAUUGGUCAACUAUAUAUGAUCAGUAAACACAGUAAUGAACAGAGCGAACGUGGGGAGGGGGUGGAGGUGGUCCUGAAUGAGCCAUUCGAGGACCCUGAGCACGGAGCAGGCCAGCUCACUGAGAAACGAAUCUACCUCAACAACAAACUGCCCAGCUGGGCCAGAGCCGUUGUCCCCAAAAUCUUCUACGUCACAGAGAAGGCGUGGAACUACUACCCUUAUACUGUCACAGAGUACACAUGCUCCUUCCUGCCCAAGUUUUCCAUCCACAUUGAGACUAAAUACGAGGACAACAAAGGGAGCAAUGAUAAUAUUUUCACCAGUGAAUCUCGAAAUGAAGAGACCGAGGUGUGUUUUGUGGACAUAGCCUACGACGAGAUCCCCGAGCGUCACUACAAGGAUUCAGAGGACCUGCGCUUCUUUAAGUCAAAGAAGACUAACCGAGGCCUGCUGCAGGAGGGAUGGAUCGACACACAGGAGCCCAUCAUGUGCUCAUACAAACUGGUCACAGUCAAGUUCGAGGUGUGGGGCCUGCAGACCCGUGUGGAGCAGUUUGUGCACAAGGUGAUUCGAGAUGUCCUACUGUUAGGACACAGACAGGCCUUUGCCUGGGUGGACGAGUGGAUCGACAUGACCAUGGAGGAGGUACGAGAGUAUGAGCGGGCCACACAGGAAGCCACCAACCUAAAGAUUGGCUCCUUCCCCCCUGCCAUCUCCAUCUCUGACACCCCUCUGCCCUCUACUACCCGCGGUGGCCCUAACAGUGCCCCGUCCACACCGCUCACCACAGAAGCCCCCGACUUCCUGGCAGUGCCGAAAGAUCGUCCCAGGAAGAAAUCUGCCCCAGAGACCUUGACGCUGCCAGAUCCAGGACGCAGAGAUUCUCUCUUCAAACUGCCCAGCUUUUUCUCCUGGAACUCCAGCCCACAGCCGGAAUGAAAGCAGGGUGGUGCCACUGGUGACGAACAAACACCUUUGACCUGUGGAGGAUGCCUGUUGAGCACACACCACAGUAAUCCCCUGCCUCCCUCAGCCAGCUGAAGUAAAGGAGACUUCUGACUGUCCUGGUGAUCCCAGUCGCCUCAGCAGACUGGCAGGAGUUCACACUAAAGCUAACAGCUAGAAGCUAACUUUACAGACAGGUACAGACAGGCAGCAUGAUCUUAGAGUCUAAAACAUUGUCCAGUGUCCAGGUUUACAGGUUGUUUUUUAUUGAGAAUAGAAAAAAAAUCUAGGGGAGACCACCUACUCCCCACCUCAAAAAACAAUUAGAGAGAAUGUCCAAUUAGUCAGACUGAGGUCAGAGUCUGUUCAUGAUGCUUUUACCCACUGAAAAUAACUUUACAGUACUGUAUAUGUAUCCAUGCUGACAGCGUAUUGACAUUCAGUUCUUAUAAAAAAAAAAAAUCACCCUCAAUGUUUUAACAGUGGAUUCUUCAGUUGUGAGGUCAUUGUGUUUUCUUGUGUAUAUAAACAAUAAAUACCAUGGAAAUGUCACUAUCUCAUAUCCAGUAACGUUGCUGCUGCUACUGCUACUGC